AUGGACAGUCCCUCAGUGUCAAGCCUGAUCCUGAAAGCUGUGGCUGCAUCCUCAGAUCGUGGAGGUCUCUCCCUGGCAGCCCUGAAGAAAGCUUUGAAGGCUGGAGGAUAUGACGUGGUGAAGAACAAUGCCAGAAUCCUUGUCCCCAUCAAAUGCUUGUUGACCAAAAAGUCUCUGGUCCAAACCAAAGGCAGCAGUGCUUCUGGCUCCUUCAAGUUGAACAAGAAGCCUCCCAAACCCCGCAAGAAGACGGUGGUGAAAAAGAAGAAGCCAACAGCCAAAAAGGUCAAGAAGGCUGCUGCGGCCAAGAAGCCAAAGAGUCCUAAGAAGAGUCCUAAAAAGAGUCCUAAGAAGAGUCCUAAAAAGAGUCCUAAGAAGGCCAAACGGGCCACCAGGACCAGAGCUGCUGCUGCUGCUGCUGCCAAGAAGUGAAAACUCUCCUAAUGAACACAGAGUGCUGAACAAACGCAUUUUCUGGAGCAUUUAACUUGUUUUUUUUGGACUACACUUCUACAGUCAUUCCAAGAACUUAAGUAUGCUUUAUCUAUUUUACAGUUUUUCCAAAAAAAUCUGAAUCUGUUGUUUCCCACAUCUCCCUGUUCUUGGCUAUGAAUGGAAUAAUCAGAAGAAUCAGAAUCAGAAUCAGAUUUAUUGGCCAUGUAUGCUUACACACACAAGUAAUUUGUCUUCAGUAACUGUGCUCUCAAUUAUGCUGUUAUUAUAAGUUAUAACAUUAAAUAUAAACAUAAUAUAAGCCAAAACACUAAUACAUACAAGGCUAAAUAGUGUAGUGGUGAGUAGUGCAA